AUGAGCACAAGUACGUACCUGACCGUCCUACAUAUCAUGUACCGGGAGGGGCCAGGGCACAUAGGUGGAGGGGCGGCGCGCGUCACCAAGGGCGGCGAGGGGAAAGGUGGGGGCAACACCGACUUUCCAACGCUCCCUUCUUCGCAUCGCAUCCCCCGCAUCACCGCCCGCCUACCCGCCGCUUGGAGAGCAGGACCUGGGACCUUCACCACGAUCCAUAUUCCCGUCUUCAUCAUGGUGCUCGCGCUAGCCCUCAAAGCAGAGCUCAAUGGGGUAACGGACCUCCGCCCCCACGAUACCGCAGACGCGCCAUUCUUCUACACAUUCAAGGUCCAGUGCACCUCAUGUCGCGAGACACAUCCCAACGACGUCUCCUUCAACCGCUUCGAACAGAACGAGGUCAGCGGCAGCAAGGGCGAGGCCAACUUUGUCUGGAGGUGUAAAAACUGUAAGAGAGAGCACUCUGCGAGCAUCAAAGCCGCCCCUACGAUAUAUGAACGGUCUGACCCACCCAAGACGGUCAACAUACUCGAAUUCGAUUGCAGAGGGCUCGAGUUCACAGAGUUCAAGCCCGAAGGAGAUUUUGAGGCAAAGGGCGCAGAGACGGUCACCAACUUCACCGGCAUCGAUCUCAGUGACGGCGAGUGGUUUGACUAUGAUGAGAAGUCUGGCGAAGAAAUUGGAACGAGACCUGACUUCAACCCUAAACCCUCACCAAGCCAACACUUAUCAACCCCAUGUAACCUCAUUGUCUGGUUUUCCAAGCUCAAUUGUGUCUUUGGGCGCAUCGCGCUUCUCCUUUGCCCAUGUCACUACCGCACUCGUAUCCCCCAAUUCAAUGGUGUCCUUCGGCCCAUGACGCUUUCUCUUGCCCCAUGUAAUAACUGUCCCAGGCUUGCCGAGCUCGAUGGUGUCGGCAGGGUUGUCGCGCUUCCUCCAUGUGACGACCGCGGUUGGGUCGCGCUCUGUGAUUGUGUCGUAGCCUUCGCGCUUAUUCUUGCCCCAGGUAAUUACUGUCGAGGGCUUGCCGAGUUCAAUAGUGUCUGCUGA